CACGGGACCGCCUGUGAAUCCGCCUUGUCGCUAGUCUAGCACGCGCCGCUUGUGGAGCAACCGCCACCAGGCAGCAGACGCAGUAUUUAAGCUCAUCGUCACAUCACCAACAUCAACAGCGUUGGGUUCAUCUCGUCCUACCAUCGUCCGCCAAAAUGUCUGUAUACGGAGCAAAACUCGUGUCCCUCGAACCCCUUGACAACAAAGAUGCCCGCUGGGUCACGCUCAAACGCAUAAACUACACCGACCAGCAAGGAAAAGCACGAACAUGGGAAACAGCAGAGCGUCUGACUCGCCCGGCUGGCGGCGUCGACGGUGUCGGCAUCCUCGCCAUCCUCUCGAAACCUGAUGGCAAACACAUUCUUCUUCAAAAGCAAUAUCGCCCUCCCAUUGAUAAAGUUACCAUUGAGAUUCCGGCAGGCUUAAUAGAUGAGGGUGAGACGCCUGAACAGGCCGCCGUUCGCGAGCUUCGUGAAGAAACAGGCUACAUGGGCAACGUCGCAGACGUGUCACCCGUCAUGUUCAACGACCCAGGCUUCUGCAACACAAACCUGAACAUGGUGCAGGUAGACAUUGACAUGAGCCUUGAGGUGAAUCAGAACCCGGUCCCGCAGCUCGAGGAUGAUGAGUGUAUCGAGGUGUUUAGUGUCCCUGUAGACCGGCUCUGGCAAGAGUGUUGUGAGAUGGAGAACAAUGGUUAUGGUAUUGAUGCUCGUGUUGGAACCUUUGCGCAGGGAAUCUUCCUUGCACAACGCCUUGGCCUCUGAUUGUAUAGACUAUAGAGUGUACAUAUACCGUGUGCAAGCACCUAGGAAAUAUACUACCUAUGACGGCGUAAGUCACGCAUGCGCGAGAUUGUAAAGGAAGAUAUGACAAAACUACAAAACUACAAGAAAUAGUCUUACAAUUUAUUGCAAUUUGCUAUACUAUUAUAAUGUUUAUAUAUUACUAUAAGUUAACUUAUCUAAACUAAAUUGAAAAUAUACAUCUAAGAUCGCCC